CCACUUCCCGCGGCCCGCGCGGCUCGGCUGCCGCGUCCCCGGCCCGCGUCCCCGGCCCGGCCCGGCCCGGCCCGCGCGCAGGAGCGGGAGCCCAGCAGCGCCGCCAUGGCCCCGCCGCGCGCGCGCCUCCUCCCGCUGCUGCCGCUGCUGCUCGCGCUGCCCCGCGGCGGCGCCUUCAACCUGGACGCCGACGGCCCCGCCGAGUACGCCGGCCCCGAGGGCAGCUACUUCGGCUUCGCCGUGGACUUCUUCGCGCCCAGCGCGUCCUCCAGGAUGUUUGUUCUGGUGGGCGCCCCCAAAGCCAACACCACCCAGCCGGGCAUCGUGGAAGGAGGACAGGUCCUCAAAUGUGAUUGGUCCUCCAGCCGCCGCUGCCAGCCAAUUGAGUUCGACUCCACAGGCAAUAGAGACUAUGCCAAGGAUGAUCCCCUGGAGUUCAAGUCCCACCAGUGGUUUGGAGCCUCCGUGAGAUCGAAACAGGACAAAAUUUUGGCCUGUGCCCCCUUGUACCACUGGCGGACGGAACAGAAGCAGGAGCGGGAGCCUGUCGGGACCUGCUUUCUUCAGUCCGGGACCAAGACCGUGGAGUACGCGCCGUGCCGGUCAAAAAAUAUUGAUGCUGAUGGACAGGGAUUUUGUCAAGGAGGAUUCAGCAUUGAUUUUACUAAAGCUGACAGAGUUCUUCUCGGUGGUCCUGGUAGCUUUUACUGGCAAGGUCAGCUCAUUUCGGAUCAAGUGGCAGAAAUCAUCUCUAAAUAUGACCCCACUGUCUACAGCAUCAAAUACAGUAACCAGCUGGCCACUCGGACCGCACAAGCAGUUUUUGAUGACAGCUAUUUGGGUUACUCGGUGGCCGUGGGAGAUUUCAACGGUGACGGUGUUGACGACUUUGUUUCCGGAGUUCCGAGAGCAGCAAGGACUUUGGGAAUGGUUUAUAUUUAUGAUGGGAAAAACAUGUCCUCCCUGUACAACUUCACUGGUGAGCAGAUGGCUGCGUAUUUUGGAUUUUCUGUGGCUGCCACGGACAUUAAUGGAGAUGAUCUGGCAGAUGUGUUCAUCGGAGCCCCGCUCUUCAUGGACCGUGGCUCGGACGGGAAACUGCAGGAGGUGGGGCAGGUCUCCCUGUCGCUCCAGGCAGCAUCCGGGGGCUUCCAGACCAGCAAGCUCACUGGCUUCGAGGUCUUCGCGCGCUUCGGCAGUGCCAUCGCCCCCUUGGGAGACCUGGACCAGGACGGCUUCAACGAUAUUGCCAUCGCGGCCCCCUACGGGGGUGAGGGCAUGAAGGGCCUGGUGUACAUCUUCAACGGCAGAGCCUCGGGCCUGAACCCGGCCCCCUCGCAGACCCUGGCAGGGCAGUGGGCGGCACAGAGCAUGCCACCCAGCUUCGGCUACGCACUCAAGGGCGCCACGGACAUCGACCGCAACGGGUACCCAGACUUAAUUGUGGGGGCUUUCGGCGUAGAUCGAGCUGUCCUAUACAGGGCCAGACCAGUUAUCACUGUAAAUGCAGGCCUGGAAGUGUCCCCUAGCAUUUUAAAUCAGGACAAUAAAACUUGCCCAUUGCCUGGGACCGGUCUCAAAGUUUCCUGUUUCAACGUCAGAUUCUGCUUAAAGGCGGAUGGCAAAGGCGUCCUUCCGAGGAAGCUCAACUUCCAGGUGGAGCUUCUUUUGGAUAAACUCAAGCACAAAGGAGCAAUUCGCAGAGCACUGUUUCUCCAUAACAGGUCCCCAGGCCACUCGAAGAACAUGACCAUCUCAAGGGGGGGCCAGAAGCAGUGUGAGGAGCUGGUGGCGUAUCUGCGGGAUGAGUCUGAAUUUAGAGACAAGCUCACUCCGAUCACCAUUUUUAUGGAGUACCGGCUGGAUUACAGGACGGCGGCGGAUGCCACGGGCCUGCAGCCCAUCCUCAACCAGUUCACCCCAGCCAACGUGAGCCGGCAGGCUCAUAUUCUGCUUGACUGUGGUGAAGACAAUAUCUGUAAACCUAAGCUGGAGGUUUCUGUAGAUAGUGAUCAAAGGAAGAUCUAUAUUGGGGACGACAACCCUCUGACAUUGAUCGUGAAGGCUCAGAACCAAGGGGAAGGCGCCUAUGAGGCCGAGCUCAUCGUGGCCAUCCCUCCACAGGCCGACUUCAUCGGGGUUGUCCGCAACAGCGAGGCUUUAGCGAGACUUUCGUGUGCAUUUAAGACAGAAAAUCAAACCCGGCAGGUGGUGUGUGACCUAGGAAACCCCAUGAAAGCUGGAACACAACUCUUAGCUGGUCUUCGUUUCAGUGUACACCAGCAAUCAGAAAUGGAUACUUCUGUGAAAUUCGAUUUACAGAUCCAAAGCUCUAAUCUUUUUGACAGAGUGAGCCCAGUGGUGUCUUACAGAGUUGACCUUGCUGUGCUGGCCGCUGUGGAGAUCCGUGGGGUCUCCAGUCCCGAUCAUAUCUUUCUUCCGAUUCCAAACUGGGAGCACAAGGAGAAGCCCGAGACGGAGGAAGACGUGGGGCCGGUCGUUCAGCACAUCUAUGAGCUGAGAAACAAUGGUCCGAGUUCAUUCAGCAAGGCAAUGCUAAAUCUGCAGUGGCCCUACAGAUACAACAAUAACACCUUGUUGUACAUCCUUCAUUAUGACAUCGAUGGACCCAUGAACUGCACUUCGGACAUGGAGAUCAACCCUUUGAGAAUUCAGGUCUCAUCUUCACAGGCGACUGAGAAGAAUGACACAGGCGCUGGGCAAGGCGACGGGAACCAUCUCAUCGUCAAGCGGGAUCUCGCCCUUAGCGAGGGCGAUGUUCACACUUUGGGCUGUGGAGUCGCUCAGUGUUUGAAGAUCAUCUGCCAGGUGGGGCGACUGGACAGAGGGAAGAGUGCCAUCCUCUAUGUGAAGUCUCUGCUGUGGACUGAGACCUUCAUGAACAAGGAAAACCAGAAUCAUUCCUAUUCUCUGAAGUCAUCUGCUUCGUUCAGCGUCAUAGAGUUCCCUUAUAAGAACCUCCCCAUUGAGGACAUCUCCAACUCCACCGUGGUUACCACUAAUGUCACCUGGGGUCUUCAGCCCACACCUAUGCCUGUGCCCGUGUGGGUGAUCAUUUUAGCAGUUCUAGCAGGACUAUUGCUACUGGCGGUGCUGGUGUUCGUGAUGUACAGGAUGGGCUUUUUUAAACGUGUCCGGCCGCCUCAAGAAGAACAAGAGAGGGAGCAGCUACAGCCUCAAGAAAAUGGGGAAGGGAACUCAGAAGCUUAAUUGUGACUUUUAAAUCGCACCACAUCCCAAUUCAUUAGGAUUAACAACUUGAUUGCAAAUUUACAACUCCUUCAUGAGGAAUGAAAUUCCCAGACUGGACUGCUAAUCCUACCCCGCGGCCUCAGUUUAACCACAACCUAGAAAGCAAUAUCUAUCAGUCUUCUUGUUAUAAAUAAGUUCAGACAUACAGUUAACAUGGGUGCCCUGGCUUCUAUUUUUAGAUAUUUAAAUGAUGAAAUGUUCAGCGAUGGUUCUCACUCAGUGUACCGAGGGCAGAAAGUGCCUGAGUUACUACUUUAUAUAAAACAGUGCUUCCUGCAGUUCCUGCUUCUGAGCUCGCAUGUUGCCUUCCACUGUUUGUUGCAGAAGUUUGAAAGCAAUCCAUCCUUGCACCUGAGUGCCCUCUUUUUUGUGCAGGUACUCAGUGCUGAUAGACAUUACACUACAGAGUCAACUUUCCGAGCUACUUUGUGAUUGCAUGAAUUUAGGUUUUAAUAUCACUUACGGGUGGAAGUUCUUAAUAACCAUGUACUACCACUGCGAUUCCAUCCCAGAGCAUGCAAGUGUAUUUAAGGGGCCGAGCACUUCCUCAGACCUGCACGGCCCCGAGUUCAGCCUCAGCACUGGGAAAAAAUUGAUUUCUUUCCAGUAACAGCAACGGUACAAUAUUUGAAUAUGCAGAUUGUAUACAUGGUGUUAACUUUUUAUUUAUAUUUAAUCUGCAGUCUAUUUUAUUUGCAUUUAACUUGUAUAAUUUAAAUUCUCCAUCAUCGUUUAAACCACCUUAUAUUGAAGAUUGAUUCUAUAAUCAAAAUUCCUUUUUUCGCGUAAUAGUUUAAUUUCAGCUACCUAGGAUGCUUAAAGCCAUAUGGAGUUGGAAAUUGUUUCCAAACUACAUCUAUUCCAUUGUUUUUGUCUGGUUAUUUUCAAUUCAAAAAAAGGAAGCAUUUUAAUUAUGUAAUUAUGUCUGCUUGUAGUUCUUUGGUUAUUAAUAGUUCUUAAAUGAGAGCAGAGCUUUUAGUUGGUAUUAAUUUAUUUUCCUCCCAUGUCUGUAUUUUUUUUCUUAUAAUUCUGAAGCUUUACUGAGAGCAAACAGGUUGAGAUCAUUUUUGUAACGUGCAGGAACCUAGAUCCCUGCCCUCACCUCAUGAGAGCUUCCCUAAACUAGAACUGUGGCCCCCUGGGUGCCUCCUAGCCCAAGCACAGUGCCACCCAUGCAGACGGUGCCUCAGUUUAAGCAAAGCCAUGUCCAAAACUAGCCUCAGCUCUCAGAAUAACUGCUAAAAGGUACUCUUCUAGGCAGUUCAAGUUACUGAAAAACUUUUAAAGUGUUCUUAGGUUUUUAACAUAAAUUACUUCUCUAGAGUUUUUAAUAAAAGCAGCAUAGGUGACAAGUAGUUUUAUAUGCAUGGUAUAUGUGAUUCAUUUGCAAUUCGCAGGAUCUAGGAAUGACUAUCAAUUAUAUCUAUUUUUGUGCAAUUACAUCAUGUUGUACACAAGAAAUUGAGAGUUUAAUAGCUUCUUAACUGCCAUCCUUACUAGGCAAUGUUAAAUGUUUCCCUUAAAUAAUUGACUAUUUUUCUAUGUUUUAAAAAUAAUUGAAAUUUAUCGUGUGCUGUAAUUCCAUGCACAAGUGGCUGAGCCGACCUGGAGAAUAUUUUUAUAAAAUAGAAACACAUUUAGAUGAAUUGCAUAAAUCACAGCCUAGAAAGACCCUGUAGUUAGCUGUAGUGAAUUUUAAAAUUAAUGGGUUUCAGAGUAUAAAAUUUAUUAGUAGUUUGAGAGAUCGUAGUCAUGUCCAAUAAGUAUUUUUUAUCAUCAGUAGAUUUACAUUUUUAGAAAAAAAUACUUUUUUCCUAGGGUCAGGUGUCACCUACCACCAGACAGUCACUAAGUUGCUCUGUAGCAAGUCUUACCUUGUUUUGUUUCCUUUCUAAUAGCUUUGUUUCUGAAAAUACCCAUCAGAUAGAAAUUUACUCUUUGACAAAAGUGUCAGUAUUUUGUUUUGCACUGUCUUACUUUUAUGGCCUCUAUACCAAGGAAUAAUCUAUUGAGAUUUAAAUAUAUUACAAUUACCACAGUGUUUUAAAUUGUCUUUAUAAAGUGCAGUUUUAAGUAUUGUUAGAGAUUUUUCUUUCAAAAAUGAAAAUAUUUCUCAAUAAAAAUAUGGAGUAUAAUUUGAAAGUUUGCUCUCUGAGGAAAAUGCUGAGAUUCCUUUUACCUUAAAGUAACAUAUGAGUAUACUUUACUAAAUAUCAAAAAUAGUUUUAUGAAAUCUAUUUUAAUCACUAGACAUUUUCAGUAGUACUAUAGUUGUGACUUGCUGAGAUUAAAAUUUGAAGCAUAAAAUUGCCAUGAUGAUUCAAUUUUUAAAAAAUGAGUAAGCGAGAGCCUAUUAAAGCAUUUGAGGUAAAUGAGAAAUACUGACAUUAAUGCUGAUUUCUUAUAGAGGUACUUAUUUCAGAACUGAUAUUCUGAGAAACAUUUGUGUGAGGGUCAUUUUUCUUCUCUUUUCGCUUGUGAUUAAUUGUCAUCUUAAUUCUGAUUCAAAGUUCCUCAUGAUUCUGAAAGGCAAAGCAAUUAGUCAAAACAUUGGCACAGUUCCAUCUCUUACGAAAUUACUAAUAGUUAAUUCUCAUGAAUGUAAUCCUUUAUAUAAGGAGAAGCUUCAAGUGUUAGUAAGAGAGACUUUACUGGCUUCUUAACACGAGUGUGAAAUAUUCUAGAUAGUAAAUCAUGACUCUAAGGGAGAUUACGUGGCAGACAUACCGUAUGUGAUAGAUUGGUUGCUUUCUGUAAGCAGACAGAAUGUGUAAGUUAAUACGUGUUACUGUCUUGCAGAAUGUCGUGAUGAAUACAGGUGGAGAAGGAUACGGUGUCCUUGGGGUACCUGCGUGUGGCUUUUACCUGUUUGUGUCACCUUGAUUGUACUUAUGAAUAGCAUAUAUAUAAAGUCAUUUGAUAAAUGAUUUAUAAAGGGAGAAUUCGGAAAUUAUGUAUAGGAUCCAAAAAGGUCAAUAAAAUUACUAAAUACUCAGUACUUUGAAAAAUGUCCCUUUUAACUUGUUGCUUGGCUAAUUUGAAUAAUGAACCUAUGAUUUGGCAGCAUGCGGUGUAUACUUAAUAUUUCUUUGUAAUUUCUGUUACACAAUGAUCCUUUAGAGAGAGGUACUGAAUCUUUGAUUUUUGUUGUCAUUCUCAAGUGCAAUAUAACAAUUAAACCUAGAUCAUAUCAAAGUCAUCAUUAAUUUAGUAAGCCUAAUCUGAACCGAGAUGUAUUAGUAUUUUUGAUUACAGGAAAGAGUGAUUCUGCUGUACAUAUACAAGUGAAAUGAUUUACCCCUCAAAGGGUCCAUUCUACAUUUUAUUUCAGGCUGGAUAUGAACUAUGAACUAUGCCUUAACAACUUUGAAACACUUUGAAAUCUCUGAAGACAGGUUGGAAGCUAUGUGUCUCAAAUUAAUUUGCUAACAUAGAAAGUAAUUAUCUUAGCUUCUCUUCUGGUCACCCACAUUGGGUAGGACCUACAAUGAGUUUGUUCUCCAAUCUGUCAUUUGCUAACUUGGAUUCAGUGAGUGAAAGCUGAUGCAGGGCUCUGCUCAGUUUCCGCUGUGUAACUUGUGACUGUACAAUAAACUGGAUCGAAUGGUGUCA